AAGUACCAAGUGUAAAGGCGCAGCCAGUGACCUAACCAAGGAGCAACUCGGUCCCGCGAUCACGAAGAGCAGCGUCGACCUUCGGUUGUUUUCAAUCCUGUUUCGGUGUGCGGCCGGCACAGGCGCAGAGUACACACGGACGCUCGUAUGCGUGAGCACCGUGGUGCAGCCAGGUGCAGCACCCGAGGGUGCUAGAAUCCCACGGUUUGGAUCACUGGCGUGUAGUUGUGAAAAAAAAUUUGUGAAAUCUGACAUCAAGUUCCAUUGAGGAGAAUCUGACCAUGAAGAAGAGUACAGUUCGAGUACCACGAGUAACGAAUAAGCGCCGACAAUGGAACCAUGAAGAUUUGGCGAAGGCCGUGGCGGCAGUUCGGAGCGGUAAAAUGGGAUAUUUGAAGGCUGCGAAAGAGUUCAAAGUCCCAAAAGGAACAGUAGAAAGGCAUGCGAAGAUGGAAGAAUCAAAAUCUAACGCUAUGCUCCUGAAAAAACUCGGACGACCACGGAUUUUUACUGACAGUCAGGAGGAAAAACUUGUAGAAUACAUACUGACCAUGGAAUCAAAAUUCUGCGGAUUAACGAAGCGUGACCUACAGUGCAUGGCCUAUCAAUUUGCUAAGGCGAAUAAUAUACCAAAUCCGUUCCAGGAGGAGGCGGCUGGAAAAAAGUGGUUUUAUUCCUUCAUGAACAGACACAAAAAUGUGCUUUCAAUACGAAAACCAACCAACACACCGUUUGCUCAAUCCAGUAGCUUUACUCGCGAGAAUGCCAAUAUAUUUUACGACAACCUGAAUAACAUUUAUGAAAAAUAUAAGUUCACGCCCGACAGGAUUGUCACUAUAAAUGAAACAGGCAUAACAGUUGUUCAGUCGGAAAUUCCAGAAGUUAUAGUUUUAAAUGACGAAAGGCAGGUUGACUCAUUGACAGCGCCCGAGAGAGCCAAGUUAAUCACUGUUGUUAUCGCCAUGAGUGCUACAGGAGUGUAUGUCCCCCCUAUGAUAAUCUUUCCACGAAAAUUAAUGAACGCACGACUGAUGAAGGGAGCUCCACCGGGUGCAAUUGGCGUUGCCCAUUCUUCUGGAUGGAUUCAAACAGAUUUGUUCACGCAGUGGUUCGUGCACUUCUUGGAAAUCAUGAAGCCGUCUACAGAAUCACCUGUGUUGUUAAUUUUAAAUGGCCACAGUACUCACACUCGAAAUAUCGAUGUGAUCGACUUGGCGUUGAAGUACCACGUAAUUAUGCUCACAAUCCCUCCGCACUCGAGUCACAAGCUCCAGCCACUCGACAAAGCAUUUAUGAGCGCUUUUAAAACCAAUUACAGCGAAGAAAUCCGCGCGUGGAUGCACAAUAACGCUCGUCCCCUCUCGGCCGUCGAUAUGGCCGAGCUUUUCAACAACGCGUACGCUAAAGUACAAACGGCCCUUAUUGCGAUCAACGGGUUCCGCGAAACUGGUAUCUAUCCGUUCAAUAGGGACCUUUUUACCGAUGCUGACUUUAUCGAAUCGGAGAAUACCGCUCGGGAAGUUUCUCAGGCCCAGAUUGUUUCUGUCAGACGAGAAACCGAGGAAUACUCGGUCAAAACCACGUUUCAAGCAACAGACGAUAAUUCCGAGACGGCAGAAGUAAAGGAUGACGACCCAUCCUUGCCUCCCAGUAUUCCAGGACCGUCAACUUCUGCUUUCCAUGAGACGUCAACGAGGAUCGAGUCCAGAAGGCAUGUUUCCAGUGCCAAGAAUUGUUCAUAAAGUCGGCGCUCGAGGCCGACGAUAAACAGUUUCGUCAUUUAUAAAUAUCGCGAGUGCUAGCUACUGAUGAAAAUAACAAAUGCAGGCAACAACACCUGUGAAACGAAAGUGUAAACAAACUAAAAAUAACUUUAGCGACUCGUACUAAAACUACUUGAGCUUUUACAUUACAUUUGUAUUUAAUAAACUUUUAAUUAUAUUGCGAUACUCA